AUGAGCACAAAGGGGCGUGGAAAGAAGUCAGCGGCAGACCCAAAGCCACCACGUUCCCGGGCUUCGUCAAAGGGUCCUCGUGGCAAAGCUGCGAAGAAGGGCAAGAAGCGUGAAGAGGAGGAAGCAUCCGACCCGUUCGCCUUCCACGAGGAGGACAGCGACGCUGGCGCCGGGGAAGAAGCCGCUCUGGCGGCGGCCAAGGGGAAGAACAAGAAGAAGAGGACGACAGCAACAUCCAGCACCAGCAGCAAGGAGAAGCCGAAAAAGAAGAGAGCAACGAAACAGCAGAAGAAAGCGAGCCAAGACGAGCAGACGGCAGAGGAAGAGGAGAAGGAGAAGCCCAAGCCCAAGCGAGUAGCGAGGAAGAGUGCGCGUGGUGCCAAGAAGCGACAAGUAGAAGAGCAGCAAGAGGAGGAGGCGAAGCGAGUAGAGACCGAAGCCCCGAAGGAGGAAGAACGAGACAAUGGCCAAGAAGGCGAGCAGCAGCAGCAGCAGGAAGCAGAGGAGCACGUGAAAGAAGAAGUAGUAGAGCAGAAUGUAGAGCAGAAGGAGACGAACGGCGUCGAUGAUAAGCUCGCAGCGCCAGAGAUGGAGAAAGAAGAAAUCGUGGUGGAGAAGAGAGGGGCAGAGGUCGAGGCCGAGGUGGCCGCGCUGAAGAAACUGACGGUUCCACAGCUCCGGAAGAAGCUGAAGCAGUGCCGCCUGUCCACUCAGGGCAAGAAGCAGGAACUCAUCGACCGUUAUUUCGCACACGCGAACCGUCCUCAGGCGCAGCCAUCUCCCGUUGCUGACAGCACUGUCGCCGAAGGCGUCGACGCCGCACAAGUGGGCAAAGAAGCUGCGGCAGCUGAACUGGAUCAUCGGCUUGCUGCCGAAGCGCCAGCGAGCACAGGCAAGGACGAGAUGGCAUCGGAAGACUCACUUCCAGCGCGUCCAGCAGGGGACCACCAGAAAGCCGCUCUGGAUACGACGGCGGCGGCGGCGGCGGUGGAAGAGCGCGAGACAGAGACUGGAGCCGCCGAGAGACCACAGGCCGAGAAUUCGAGUGACGAUACAAAGGAAGAGAAGGAGCUAUCAACGGUGGAGGAAAAGACCACGACGCCGCCACGGCAGAAGAGCAAAACGAAGCGGAAGGUCAAGGAAGCUCCCAAGACAGUAAAGCCGACAAAGGAGGAGAAGGAGGAAAACAAAAAGGAGGAGGAGGAGGAGAAAGAAAGAAGAGAGAGCGCAGAGGAACGGAUAGGCGACGACGAAGCGCUGGCUUCCGCUCCUCGACCGACGGUGGAGGAUGAGGCUGCAGCCAUUCCAGCGUCUCCGUUGUUGGAGGUGAUCGUCCCCAACAGCUUGCCGGCCAGCCAAGGUGUGGAGCGCGACACCAAACACUCUCGCGCGAGCUCGUCGCUCACUCCUUCAACCGCCGCAGAUGCAGAGACGGAUGCGCAGAUGGAGGCAACCACGGAAACCACGGCGGAGGACACCAGCGCAGAGACGCAGCCGGAGCGAGAAGAGCGAAAGCGGCGGAGGAAGGAGUCGCUGCUGACCGAAGAGAUCGAGCGCGUGCACCGCGAGCGAGUGGAAACGGAGAAGCGGCUGCGCGAGAUGACCGACCGCGAGAGCAGGCUCAAGCGAAGGCAGGCCGAGCGGAAGGAGCGGAUCAAGAAAAAGGCCGAGAGCACGCCCACGCGCAAGGCCGCCAACAAGGCCGUGGGCAAGAAGCAACUCGCGCCGCGCGCCCUCGACGCGGAAGACGAUGAGUGGAUGAUCAACAGUUCGCCGCUCGACCUUGCCGAAGGCUGCUUUGCCGGCGCAACAACGGUCGAGCCAACAGCAUCAUCGCCAACCUCGCCAUCGUCGCCAACGAGAAUCGAUGCCGAGGUGCAGGAAGCGAGCGCCGGAGAGGAGACCAGCAAGCCAACAACAACAGAGCCGACGAAGGCGACGAAAACGGUGGAGAACGUGACAUCACCGAGAAAGAGAGGGAGACAGGAGGUCGACGACGAACCAGGCACCAGCCCGGCCAAGCCAACCAAGAAGCGAAGGAAGAAGGAUGGCCACGACAAGCCGAGCGAAGCCGGGGGAAAGGAGGAAGUGGUGAUGUCUGCUGCGCCAGAGGAGAACGAAGAGGAGAGGUGGAAGGCCGCGGCACAGGACGAAGAGCUGCGUGAGCGAGAGGAAACGCUGGCGCGACGACUGGCGGUGCUGGACGAGGAGAGGCAGCGCGUCAAGGAUGAGCUCGAGCGGGUCAAGUCGCAGCGAGAGCAGCUACGAGCCGACCUCGACACCACACCGACCACCAAGACGGCGAAACCGAAGAGGAAGAGCGCCAAGAAAGAGAGGAAAGGGAAGGAGGAAGAGAAGAAGGUUAUCGAGAAGAAGGAAGCGGACGACGGUGGCAUUAUCCUCCUCCACGCGGAAUCCGGCAACGCGGAGCCCGAGAACGGAGCCAAGCGAAGCAAACGCAAACGAGAGGACAAGAAAGAAGAGGAGGAGGAAAGGGCGGCGAAGAAGUCAGAGGAUCAGGCGAAGAUCAAGACCAAGACCAAGGCCAAGACGAAGAGGAGGAAGAAAGCGGAGAACGCCGCCGAUCCGGUUGAGGAGAAAUCGACCAACGCCGAGGACGAGAUCGUCGACAUUGAAGGCGAUGGUGGUGAAGGAAAAGGAAAGGAAAAGGACAAGGAAUCGACAGCGGUGGUGCCGGCGGCGGCGGUUGCGAAGGCGUCGUUCAAGUGGCGUGCGGGCUUCGUGUCGAUAACCGGCGGCCGACCGGAGAACCAGGAUGCCUACAUCGUCCCCCUGUCGGCCGUUCCCGUCGCGGCGCCCUCCACUGCGACAUCGCGCCGCAGCCGCGGGAGGAAGUCGGCUCCCGUGAUCGUGGAGGAGGUGCCGGCGCCGAGCCUCCCGGCCCUGCCCUCGCCUACCGACGACCUGGCCAUCUUCGGCGUUCUCGACGGCCACGGCCUCAAGGGCCAAUACGCAGCGCAGGCCGGGUCGAAAUACCUGCACACGUUUAUCGCGCAGAGCUUGAGCGAUCUGCAGCAGGACGACAUGGCCGAGGGCGGAACGACGGACCCGCUCGAGCUCGUCAAGGCGGCAAUCCAAGCCGGCAUCCGGCAGACGCAGGAGGUGCUCCUUCAAGACGGCCAAGAGUCCGGCAUCGAAUACGGAACGACUGCGGUCGUGUGCGUACAGAUCGGCGAUUCUUUGAUCGUAGGCAAUGUGGGAGACAGCAGGGCGGUUCUGUUUCGAAGCCCCAAGACGGCCGCGGGGGCCGGCCCUGGCAUCGAGCUCGAGAGCGUGGUGGCGACGGGCCGCGGUAGAGGCCGCGGUAGAGGCCGAGGUUCCCGACGCCGGGCGACGCUGGAGCUCGCCGACCCGCAGCUCACCGAGGUGAUGUGCACGCACGACCACCGGCCGUGGCGUAAGGAGGAAGCGGAGCGUGUCGCGCAAGAAUCCAACGGGCGUGGCCGCGUGACGGUGGGCAGCGACGGCAAGACGCUGCGUGUGUUUCCCUCGUUCGACUACUACUCGCUCGACGAGAUCAGAGCCAAGAAACUGGACGGCGAGCGCAAGAAGCGACGCUCGGUUCAACGAUCUGUUGGCUUGGCCAUGACCCGAUCUCUCGGCCACGCCAUCCUUUCGACGUGCGGAGUGAGCUCGGAGCCCGAGUUCUUCUGCGCCACGCUACAGGACGGCGACAAGCUGAUCAUCGGAUGCGACGGUCUGUGGGACGUACUUACCAACACUGAGGCCAUGAAGAUAGUGUCUCUUUAUGCCGGCCAGGACCCGCAGGCCGCGUGCGCUGCGCUGGUGAGCGAGGCGGAGCGAAGGUGGGAGCGAAAGAGUUCAGGAGGCGACAACAUCACCGCUGUCGUCGUCUUCUUCAACACUACAUAG